AUGAGUCUUGCACGAAUUGCUACGUCUUGGGCCAAUUCUCAGGUGACUUUGAUCAGGAAUAGUGGUGUAAGCAAUGCCCAACGAGGUGUACAUGUACCCCCGCAGAAUAAAUAUGGACAAUCAACAAGUUGGACACCGCUGUUCAAUCCUGAUGCGAGACCAGCUCCCGUUUUCGUGACGAAGAUGCAGCAGAUUUUUGCUUGUCUGGAUCCAGGUUGGAUUGGAUAUCUUAGUCCAGAAGCGGGCUCAGGAGUAUCCUGCUCAGCAGAUCAUUUGUAUGGCAGCUCCGAAUCUUCGGAACAUGGCCCUCGAAUAAUCGAGAACUUGACGCAGAAAGGGGUCUGA